AUGGUGCGCGUCAGCGUUUUGAACGACGCUCUGAAGAGCAUGUACAACGCCGAGAAGAGGGGGAAGCGACAAGUCAUGAUCAGGCCAUCAUCGAAGGUCAUCAUCAAGUUCCUUUUGGUUAUGCAAAAGCACGGUUAUAUUGGCGAGUUUGAGUAUGUUGAUGACCACAGAGCUGGAAAGAUUGUGGUUGAACUCAAUGGGAGGCUGAACAAGUGUGGAGUUAUCAGUCCUCGAUUCGAUGUCGGUGUUAAGGAGAUCGAAGGCUGGACUGCUAGGCUUCUGCCUUCUAGACAGUUUGGAUACAUUGUGCUGACAACAUCUGCUGGUAUCAUGGAUCAUGAAGAAGCUAGGAGAAAGAAUGUUGGUGGCAAAGUCCUUGGUUUCUUUUAUUGA